AUGGCCGACGAUUUUGAGUCAGGGGACUUGUUCCAAGAUCCAGAAGGGUAUUAUCCCGAAGAUGCGCCCCCUACAUUUGCCGAGCAUGGCAUGUUGUCCGGUCAAACAGUCCGGGUUCGUCUAGUCGGCGACCAUCCUCUCUAUGGAAACCUGCUCUGGAAUGCCGGUCGUACUAGCUCUCACUACAUUGAAGAGCACACCGAGGAUCUCAUUCGAAACAAGGAUGUUCUCGAGAUCGGAGCAGCAGCUGGUGUACCCAGCAUUGUGAGCGCCAUUCAGGGGGCACGUACGGUCGUUCUGACCGACUACCCAGAUCCAGAUCUUGUUUCAAACAUGCAAUAUAAUGCCGAUCUGUCUGCCAGCAUGAUCCCCACCAGAGAAGAUGGUCUACGCCGCCUCCAUGUGGAUGGCUACAAAUGGGGCAGCGACGUGACCAAGCUGCGGGCAUAUCUGCCACCCGCGGCUGAUGGCUCCCCUGGCCUCUUCGAUGUGCUCAUCAUGGCCGACGUGGUGUAUAGCCACCGCGAGCAUCCGAAUUUGAUCAAGACUAUGCGGGAGACUAUGAAGAAGAGCCCCGACUCUGUCGCACUGGUCAUCUUCACUCCCUAUCAGCCUUGGCUUUUGCCCAAGACUGAACAGUUCUUCCCCUUGGCUGAAGCUAGUGGGUUUACAGUCACCAAGAUCUUCCAGAAGGUGGUUGAUGCGGUUCUCUUCGAAAAGGAUCCAGGUGAUGAACAACUACGCAGAACCGUGUUUGGAUAUCAGAUUCGGUGGUCACCAGAGGAAUUGGCUUCAUCCAAGGCUUAA